AUGAUGUCUGUGGAAUCACUUUUGAAUAAUGUGCCUUACGCUAACUUAAACAGAAAGAGUUUGGGCUUUAUUUCACCCAAGAUUAUUAAAUGGAGGUUUACAGACUUGAUCUUGUUAGCACUAUUGGUCAUUUGUUAUUUCUUCAUCUACAAUAUAAAACCAUUCCACCGUCAAUUCUCACUUUAUGAUGCUACAAUUCAACAUCCCUUCAAAGAAAGAGAAACAGUCAACAAUAUUGAGUUGUUUCUCUACUCUACCUGGAUUCCACUUAUAGUGAUACUUGUUACUGCACUUGUAUUGACAAGUCCAAAAUACAGAUUCUACAACACCUAUGUCGCCGCACUUGGCUUGUUACUUUGUGUCCUCAUAACUUCCAACGUGACAGAUGUAUUGAAAAAUCUAAUUGGUCGCCACCGCCCAGAUUUCAUUGCCAGAUGCCAGCCAGAUCCCUCUGUGCGAACCGAAGCCUUGGUUUCAAUUGAGGUUUGUACAAACACAGACUUGAACUUGUUGGAAGACGGUUACAGAACUACACCCUCAGGUCACUCCUCGAUAAGCUUUGCAGGGUUGGUCUACUUGGCAUUGUUUUUAAUGGGUCAGUUCCAGGCUAAUGACCCAAGAGCAGGCAGUUGGAGGGCACUCUUAUUUGGUGGUGCCCCAUUGAUGGUUGCAACUUAUAUCGCAAUGAGUAGAACUGAGGACUACAGGCACCACUUUGUGGAUGUUAUUAUUGGGGGCUUGUUGGGUUUCUUCAUUGGCUCGUGGUCGUAUUUGAGAUUGUUUCCCUGGAUAUCUGACAAGAGAAGUUUUAGUAACUUGCUUAUGAUAGAGGAAGAAAAGGCUGAAGAGAGAGCCAAGCGUAACGAUGACAACAACGACACUGUUUUAGAAGAUGUAUAA